AUGGCUCGGUCGGCGCGGUCGGCGCGGGCGGCGGAAGGUGGCUUCUCCCUGGAGCCAAAGCUGAAACGGAGACGUACGUCGUCUCACGCGACUCAUCAGACGUCGCACUCCAGCGACUGGAAGCAAAUCAGCUCAGCCAAGAAGCUCGCGAAGUCUCAGAAGAUCGACCGACCGGCCGCGGAAACUUCGCGAACAGCCUCAGCCAGCAAAACCUCUACGACGGAGGAGUCAGAUGAAAGCAGCAGCAGCGAGGGCAGCAGCAGCAGCAGCUCUGAAGGUCGCAGUCUUCGAGGCAAACUGGUUCGGACAGCCCGAAUCCAAGUCCAGGCGUUGGAGUCGCUUCGAAGCAACAAGGCCGAAUACCUGGAGGCGAAGCUUGCUCUUCUGAAGGUUCUGAUCCUCGAAAUGAAGGACGGUGACUCUCGCCUUGCGUUGGAGGAGGUAGGCAUGUACGAUGCCAUCCGUGCUUGCCUGCAGGAUGGGACCAUGAGCAAGGAGAACUAUUUGUGGGAGUUGGGCACAGAAGUGGCCAGAACAGCUUUGAUGCUGCUGCUGGAGAUUUCCUUCAAAAAGGAGGAGUUGGUGAUCUCGCGGAUAUCGAAAGUGCUUCUU